GUUGUCAUCUAUUGUUUAGUUAAGAAAUAUACAAAAAAAAAUCUACUUUCAAUUUUUCGACUACGUUUUUUGGUCAAAUUAAUCAACUCCAUUCAGUAUUUUAAUAUAAAUUCUGAACAGCUAGCUUAAAAAAGCAUACUUAGAUCUUCAACACCAGACAUUCAUGAUGAGUACGGUUUUUGACGGAAGAAACGCCUUGUCAAUGAAAAAUGUUGAGAAGUUGUACACUGAUUCGAAGACGGCUGAUGUUAAUUUUGUGUUUAUCAUCGAUGACGAACAAUUCAUCAGCAUUCCAGCGCACAAAAGCAUCCUCGCCGUUGGAAGUCCAGUGUUUGAAGCCAUGUUUUAUGGUCCAAUGAAGGAAAAAGACGACGUCAAAAUCGUCGAUGCAUCCCCCGAAGCAUUCAAAGUGUUUUUACAAUUCUUCUAUCUGGGAAAAGUUCAAUUGACAUCGAACAACAUCAUUAGCGUCACGAAAUUGUGUCACAAGUACGAAGUGGCUGAUGCUUUGACGUUUUGCGAAAAGGUAUUGCAGAAGAUACUGACCAUCAAUGAUAUUCGCACAUAUUAUGAAUUGGCGAUUCUUCUCGAUUUGGAAAGCAAAAUCACAUUCUGUGAACAACAGAUUAAGCAGAACCCAGAAGUAAUACUGAAAUCAGACGAUUUCUUAAAGUACGAUCGAAAGAUGCUGGACAAAAUCUUGGAAUUGGUGUCAUCAAACUGCAGACCGUCGACUAUUGUUGAUGCCUGCAUUGCUUGGGCCAAAGAUGUAUGCGAGCGAAACAAUCAACAACCAACUCCAGCACGUCUAAGAGCUGAAUUGGAUGAGCUUAUCGGUCGGAUUCCAUUCGAAAAAUUGACCAAAGAUGAAUUCAUCCUAUUUAACGUGACCUAUGAAGGUUUGUUGAAAGAAAUCGAUUUCAAAGCAAUCAUUUUGAAAACGAUGGCGAUAAAUGACAAGAUCGCAACAGAAAAGGAGCAACUCAUUUUGAAAAAUGUAAAGUUGUUCGAAGAAGUGAAAACAUUACGUCGGAAAGAUUGGCACAAGAAAGAGUCGAAUUACAAAUACGGUCCACAAACUACACGUGUAGUCCAUAACGACGAUGGAUGGACUACACGUGUAGUCCAUAACAACGAUGGAUGGGAAUAGAGGAUAUUGAAGAUUAACACUUAUUGGCUAUGCUUAGUCAAUUAUAAUUUGUGAAAAUUUCAACAAUAAAUACACUACAACACCAUAUGAGUUUUAUGUUUCGUUUUUGAAUAUUUCUGAAGAACUUCUCUAAUC